CAUAUAACAGUUCCACCAUUCCAUAGGCUUCCCCUUAAUUCCCAACCUCGCGUUAAUAACUCCACCAACUCAUUAAAAACAAAACAAAAACCACUUCCCAUCUUUUCUUCUCUAAAACCCACUCUCUCUUCAUUCUCUUCACAACACAACAACAGCAACAACAACAACAACCAAUGGCAUCACCGCUUUCACUCCUCGUCCUUUUUCCUUUCAUCUUCACGGCGGCGUCCUCCCUCACGUGCACCACGCAGAAGGUCACGGACGCGGCCAACAGGGUCUACGCCAACUGCGUGGACCUGCCGGCGCUGGAUUCCUUCCUCCACUGGACGCACGACGCGGCCAACGCCUCCCUGGCGGUGGCCUUCCUGGCGGCGCCGCCCAGCCCCGGCGGGUGGGUGUCGUGGGGCAUAAACCCGACGGGGACGGGCAUGGCGGGGGCGCAGGUGCUGGCGGCGUACAGUAAGAGCGGCGGCGCGGUGACGGUGAAAACGCUGGACUUGAAGUCGUAUAGUGUGAUUGUUCCUGGGAAGCUGUCGGUGGAGGUUUGGGGCGUCCGAGGGGAAGAGGUUGGCGGCGUUAUUAGGAUUUUCGCGAAUGUUAAGGUUAAAGGGGAGAGCGUGAACCACGUGUGGCAGGUGGGGCCCUCCGUUACGGCGGGGAGGUUGGAUAAGCAUGACUUUGCUCCUGCCAAUUUGAAUUCCAAGGGGACGCUUAGCCUCAAUGGGAAGCAGACUGCUACUGCCAAAGUCGACGCCGUUACCACCAAGAAGAAUAUUCACGGAAUUCUAAAUGCUGUGAGUUGGGGCGUGCUGUUUCCCCUUGGAGUGAUCAUAGCAAGAUACUUGAGAACUUUUCCAUCUGCAGAUCCAAUUUGGUUCUAUCUUCAUGCUGGUUGCCAGGUUUCUGCUUACGCCAUUGGUGUUGCUGGCUGGGCCACUGGCUUGAAACUUGGAAGUGAAUCAGUGGGAAUUCAAUACAGUAAUCAUCGCAACAUUGGAAUUACCCUCUUUUGUUUCGCCACUCUACAGAUUUUUGCAUUGUUCCUAAGGCCAGUGAAGGAGCACAAGUAUAGGUACAUCUGGAAUAUCUAUCACCAUGGCAUUGGAUACAGUGUGAUUAUCCUGGGAAUCGUCAACAUAUUCCUGGGCUUUAACAUCUUGAAUCCAGAGAAGAAAUGGAAAUCAACUUACAGUGCAGUGCUUAUUGCACUGGGUGCACUUGCCGUAGUCUUGGAAGUGAUCACAUGGAUUGUUGUGUUGAAAAGAAAGUCUAAUAAGUCCACCAAAACUUAUAACAAUGGAGAAAACAGACAACAACCCCUUAACAUGUGAAUCAAGUAACCAGAAUUUGGCUUGUCCAUCCAGAGCAGACAUUGAUCUUGUAAUUUUUUACUUUUGCUGGAUGUGUUCUAUUGCUUGUGCCCCCCUCGCUACCCUUUUUCUCUAUUUUCACCUUUCUCUUCUAUUUAUCUGUAAUUAUUAUCUUAUUUAAUAGUAUCAAAAAAGAAAAAUCUUUAAGAAAACUUUUAUCA